AUGUCUAAAGAUAGAGAUUCUAAUACACCCAAGCUUAUAAGAGACCUCGAGAACUACGACGGGUUUAGGUUUAAUAACAAUAUGUCCUCCGCUUCGACUGCUGGUCGACGUCAAGCUCGUGGUGGAGCUCGUUCGGGUACACACGAGAGAGGUGAAGAAGCAGCCUUAUGGACUGAAAUCACCCAAGCUCUAGCGAAGAUCAGAGCCGAAGAGAAAAAAUUCGAAGCAGACAUUCCGGAUGCCAUCAUUACUAAAGAAACCGCUAUAGCCGAUCAAUUGAAUAAUGGAAUUAGCCCUGGUAUCGCCGCAAUGGAUGAGCUCAGUAAAUUCAUCCGAGAUGGCGUCAAAUUCUCCGAGUCUACAUCAGCAGCUAUACGACAGACGGUAGAAAAGAUUUCCAUACUUUUAGCUUUGAUUAAAGGCAAUGAAGCAGAGCGAGGCUCCAAUUCCCGCGAAUCUCAUGGAAGAUCCAGUGUUACCGAUGAUGUAGGAUCUAUGGACUCCCCUGUACCUUCGCCAGCGGAAAACAAACAUGUUCGGAAGAUGGGAAAUGGCAGAACCAGCAGUCUACCGCCCAAAGGGAAAGAUACUCCUAGGAAAUACGAGAAUGGAGAGCCUAGUACUGGUACCGGUGCUAGUAAUAGCAGUACAAAGAAGAUCGAAUUCUCCAAGGGACAAGAAGUAGCAUUCAGACCGAAACCUGAGUUCCCAACUACGGAAACGGAUUGGAUUCAAGGAAAGGUUACCAAGGUUAUUGGAGAAGGCAAAAGUCGCAGAUACAAGGUCGAGGAUGUCGCUCCCGAUGAGGGAAAGCAGCCUAAAGAUUUUCUCACUUCCGCAUCUUCUAUGUGUCCAAUUCCACCUUACGAUGCUACCCUCGGCCCUUACGACGUUGGAAAGCGCGUUCUCGCCCUUUAUCCUGAGACGACGACAUUCUAUCGAGCGGAAGUCAGAGCAAUGCUUGAUGAUGGUAAUAGGGUCAGGUUAAUUUUUGAUGGAGAUGAGGAUUCUACUAAGGAAGUUGAACGACGAUUUGUUCUUGAUCAUUCGGGAUAA